UUAAUUGGCCAACAUAGAGGAUCUAAAUUACAAUUUUCUGCCAUAUAACUAUUUCAGUUUUGUGAAUUUUAAUAAUCAUUGUCUGCCUUAGGUUAUGGAUUUGCUCAAGGGCUCGUUAAUGUCGCGUACUCCGCUAACCGACCUCAUACUCAGUAAAACAAAGGUUUACGAUGAUUUUGCCGGACUGAAAUAUGAGGCCAGAGUUUCCCUUCAAGAGAAGAAGAAAUUAGAUGCGACCAAGAAGAUGAAUUUGAAUUUGGUGGUAAAAAAAUCGAACAAUAAGUUAUUGUUUGCUCAAGCCGAUGAUGAUUUCGUAGAUUUCCUUUUCUCUUUUCUUGCCAUCCCACUAGGAGAAGUUGAGUGUCUUUUGGGUAGUAACACUUGUCUUAAGAGUAUAGACAAUUUGUAUAAAAGCAUAGUGAAUUUUAUCGAUGACAAGUAUUGGGUGAGUCCACGUAUAAAAAAUAGGCUACUGAAACCCAAUCUACCUAAUGGUUAUGUUUCCGAAGAUACGCUUCUUCCUCUUAGUGAACAAGUUGUUCUAUAUCACCAUCGGGAUAUCAACCAGAAAAAAGAAUGGCUUUCAUAUUCAAUCGGAAAAGAUUCUGGAUGGUUUCGUGCAAAUAUGUUCUCUCGAGGCCGAGAAAAUUUUGUUAAAGGAACAAAAAUGUAUAUGGUGACCGACGAUUUAACUGUAACUCCUAUGUGUAUGACCUCAACCCUAACUAUACUUAAGAAAAUGGAGAUCCCUUUAUCUGAUGUCAAAGAAAUGGAGGUGCACGUUGGAUUGAAAGAGGUAACUAAUAUAAUUUGAUUUAUAAUAUAUCUCAUGAUUCAUUUAUUCAUGUAUAUAUAUACAUUAUGAGGUUCGUUUUGGGCACAGGCUUUAAGCAUACUGAAGGCAUCUCUUACAUCAACUUCUGCUCUAACCGAUGGCCUGAAGAUCAAUAGCAUGUUAAAGAAACAACCUAAGCAUGCAAGAGCACUGAUAAGGCGGUUCGCACAAUUGUUUAAUUAGAAAUCUUAGGCCUCUU